AUGUCCUUCAAGCCAGAGUUGUUCGAGGACGAAAAGGGCAAGAAGUUGCCCUUGGCGAAUGAGAACGAGCUGUUCAUCCUGCAGCGAGCCAAGAUCACGUUCCAGUGCAAGACGCCCGAUCACGCUGUGUUUAAGAGCAAAGGUCGGAUCUACUGCACUACACAGCGCAUCAUCUUCGUGGCCGAGAAGGGUGUCACGCAGAACGGCUGCUACUUUGAGGCCUUUGAAAUUCCGCUGGUGAAGAUGACGGAUGAGAAAUUCAACCAACCGAUCUUCGGCGCCUGUAGCAUUUCAGGGCUCGUUGCUGCCAACGUAGAUGUUGGAGAUGGCGGGAAUUGCUCGUGGAAGAUUACAUUCGCAAAUGGUGGUACUGGAGUCGUGCUGCCUGUGUUUCUGAGGCUGUUGGAGAAGCGUAAGAAGAAAGGAGAUUGA